CUACGAGUCGAGCUGAGGAGUGAUUGUUGCAAAUGUGUUCUUAUUCAACAUCAUUUGUGGCAUGUAUGUAGAUAGAGCAAGACGGGAAAACUCUCAUUGAAUCUUGACUGCAAGUAAUAGCAUUUCAUUGAUUGUAACUGCUUCGUCGUACUGCUAUUCAGCAGUUAUCGAGGAUUUGUUUGAGCGCUCUCCCACAGUGCCGAGGCGUCUCAAGUCCUACUCGCUGAAAGAGGUUCCAUUUCCAGCCUGAGAAGGCCCAGUUUUUAGAUAUUGUUUGGUAUGACGCAUGGCCGACCGAGGAUCCGCUAGUGAAAACCGGCGAUAUUCCUCGUCCAAUCGUCGAGGAGAGAGUGGGUCGAAGAGCCGUUCUUCCUCAAGUGAUUUACCAGAACCUCCAGCUAAAAGGUCAAGAACAAGGGCACCAGCCAGUCAAGCCACUGCUUCCUCCAGUGUUGGAAAACGGAAAAGUGCAGGCUCGGUAGCAGCUUCUUCAGUGGCAGGCGCAUUUUCCAGUCUUGCUGCAUCGCAUCCAGCGGCGGCUGCCUCAUCCUCCGGCGUGUCUCUGUCUGCAAGUGCAUCCCUCGGUAGCAAAGCAACAAAGUCUUUGGAGCCUCAGUCUCCGUACGGUUCUGUGUAUGGUUCACCGGGCAGCGCUGGCAGCAGUAGUGCACCAAGACGCUCGGCUCGCCUUGCAGAACGUGCCUCCUCAAAUUCUUCAUCACCGUCAUUCUCGUCGUCGGCUAGUGCCAGCGUUGUGUCUAGUCGCCGUACGUCGGGCGCAGGUGUCCCCGCAAGUGAAGUCAACCCUCUAGGUGCGGUUAGCACUGCCGCCGCUGACCAAGCACUGCCGGUUUAUUACACACCUGCGGCAAGUUCCCUGGUCUCUGCUGCAGCUACGACUGGAGGGCAAACUGCAGAAAGCCAGCUUCGUCGGUCCGGUCGAUCCCGCUCCGGGGCAAUAGCUAAUCAACAGCCACAUCAUCAUCAGCAGCAUCAGCAGCCACAGCAUCAGCAGCCGCAGCAUCAGCAGCCACAGCAUCAGCAGUCUCCUGCUCUUCUGUUUUCUUCUAUACCGUACUCAUUAGUUCCACAGGUACAAGGUGCGCUGCCACCACCACAUCAAGUUGCACAGGGCCAACAUAUUCCUCUGCAUUCUUUGCAUGCUGUGCAUCAACAGCAACAGUUGCAGCAGCAUCUUGUUGCUCGUAGUCAUCAGCAGCAACACCAGCAGCACCAGCAACAGCAGCAACAUCAACACCAGCAGCAGCAACAACAACAGCAGCAACAUCAGCAGCAGCAACAACAGCAGCAGCAACAACAACACCAACCACAACACCAGUUGUCGUAUGCAGCAUACCCUUUCUCUGCACCACAGGCGGCGUACUCUAUUUGCACACGUAGCCAGGCAAGGAACAGCGAAGUGCCACUGUUCCAAAACUUUGUACCCCAGUCCCUUUCUCAAGCACCUAUCACUACGAGGAGUCGAACCCGUGGAAGAGGGCAGGCGUAUCCUCAGCAUUCUCUGCAACAGCAACUACCAGCUGAUGCUGGCUGGUUUGCAUCCGUGGGUAGCCUUCCUCCAAGCACUGCUUCGUCCACUCCAGGUUGGGCGUUUCCUGCAAGUAGCACUAGUCUAGGUGCAGUGCAGCAGCAGCAGCAACAGCAGCAGCAGCAACAGCAACAACAGCAGCAGCAACAACAGCAGCAGCAGCAGCACCUGCCGGAUUCUAGCAGUUUGAGUCAACUGCAGCAGUUGCAUCCAGGGUACAUUUUAGCGCCUCAGCAUAGCGGGCCAGCAGGUUUACAGCAGCCUGGUGUUGCACCCACUACCUACUUUGCUGCUGCCGCAGCUUCACCUGCUCCUGCAGCUGGUGCUCAAGGUACAUUUGUUCAAGCCACUGCUACUCCGCAGUUGUUGAGCUAUCACCAGUACGAGGCGCUUCGUCAGAGUGAGGGUCGUGCGUCUGCUGUGACUUCUUGGCCUCCUGGCUCAGUAGCGACAGGCACGCUGGGGAAUUCUGCACCUUCGUCUGUUCCGUCGACGACGGACGGAUCCGCUGAGCCGUCACCCUCUGCGGCACAGGCUCGUGGUGAUGAGGCGCGUUCCUCAAGGGGUCCUGUGCGACGCAGCCUUCGUAGAGCUGGAGCUUGCGUAGGUGCUCAGACCGAAUCAUCUUCGGGCGCACGUGGUGACGUUCAGUCAGCGGCGUCCACGGCAUCGUCGAGGCCUAGAACCAGUGAACCCAGUCUUUCUGCUGCAGCAUCAUCUGGCUUUGGUUCUCGGUCGUCCAGUUCCUCACGUAGUCGAGCUGCUAGUGCAAUGGAUUUUCGGACACCAUCCCGUCGUUACGGUUCUUCCUCUUCAGGCCCGGCGCCGCCAACGUCAGACCCUGCUGCGCGUGAGUCUUCAGAACCAUCAGCCAGUGCGAGUGGAUCAUCUGCCCCAGCCAGCAGCACACUGAGUGGUUCGGCCGCUGCAACAGCUACGUCUGCAACUUUAGGAUCAGGUCAAUCUGCUUCUGAAAUUGUAGACAUUGCUGUAGCUGCGUUUUCGGGGAACCAUCCACCGUCAGAGACGCAGGCUCAUCUUCACCGAUUGCAAUCUCUUCUAGAGGCUAAGGGUGUGCCUUCGCAUGUAAUGUCUCGCAUGCAGCAACUCAUCCAGAACUCCUCCAGUGCCGGCGGCAAGGGUCAUCAGAUCGUUGAACAGCUGCAGAAGUUUGGAGAUGAAGGCACACAGUUAUCAGCUCUCAACGAACUGGGUCAGCUUCUUAUGAUGGGCAAUGAGGAUACACUGGUUGGAUUUCCCAUCAAAGCUAUUAUUCCCAUUCUGAUAAAGCUCCUGGACUUUGAGCACAACUUUGAAAUCAUGCUGAAUGCGUGCCGAGCAUUGUACAACAUGAUGGAUGCUUUGCCACGAUCGACCGCAGAUGUAGCAGCUGCUAUACCUCAGCUAGUAUGCAAGCUCAAGUCCAUACAGUUUAUGGACGUUGCUGAGCAGGCGCUCCUGGCUUUGGAGCUUCUUUCUAAGUCGUUUGGAAGCAAAAUCCUUAAAGAAGGUGGACUGACAGCCUGUCUGACCUAUUUGGACUUCUUUCAGAUCCAACCACAGCGGUUGGCUUUGUCCAUUGCUGCUAACUGUUGCAAUGCGCUCAAAGUUGAAGAUGUCGAGCUGAUCACCGAAGCAGUCCGAAUUCUCACGGAACGCCUUAACUGCAAUGACAAGAAGUCACUGGAGCAUGUGUGCCUAUGCUUUGCACGUUUGACAGAGACCUAUUCACAGGACCCGAAACUACUAGGGACGAUUGCUGAGUAUGGUUUGCUCCUCAACCUCCAGCGGCUGCUGAUUGAGAGCCCCAUGAUAAUCAAUAGCAGCACGUUUAUCAACGUCAUUCAGAUGAUGGUUCUGUUGUGUGGCCAAUGUCCCACGCUCGCUGUGCAGCUGAUUGAGAAUGGAAUUAAUGCCACGCUACGUUAUCUUUUGAUUGGAAGUGAAAAGGAGAAGCUCCCACAGAUUGAGAUAUCAUUGCGUAAUCCUAAGGAACUGCAUGCCGUACUCAGUCUUGUUGUGGAGCUAUUGCCACCACUUCCAAAAGCAGGUGUGUUUGGUUACUUGUGUCGCCAGACCGAGUCUCCUAAAGCUGCAAGCUGGUCAUGGUGCGACGACUCUGGCGUUUAUCAUCCCUACAGCUCUGUAGACAGCAUGACAAUCGAGGCUGCAUACUCUGCCAGUGCUGAUGAAGUGGUGCUCACCAUCGCAGGUCAUUCCUACUUCAUCGAUUUCACCAGCAUGACACAGGUCAACGAGAUAACGAGUAAGACCCGCAACGUGCAGCGUACAACACCAAGCAAGAAAACCACUGUCGUCCCUGUUCCUCCGUGUUCAGAACUGAUUGACACAAAGAGUGUGGAUGUUCAGAAAGAUGAGCGUGCUGUUUUGUUUACUGGUGAACCGGGGCACAUGGCGAAUUUCUGCAAGUCCAUUCUACCGGUACUAUUUGAGGUUCACCGAGCUACUGCUGGACCAGCCAUUCGCGAGAAGUGCCUGUUUGCCUUGCUGCGCCUGCUGUUUGCUGCCCCUGUCAACCUGCUGGAAGAAGUACUCUGUGAGGUGCCUAUGUCAUCACUGGUUGCUCAACUACUUGCCUCACCCAACGUCCAGCUGAAUAUGCUUGGUAUAGUCAUGUCCACCAUUCUCAUUGACAAGCUUCCAGCCAUCUUUGAGGUCCACUUUCGCCGUGAAGGUGUAAUGCAUGCUAUCGACAGUCUGGCUAAUCCCAAUACACCUCCAUGUGUGGAAGUUAGCACUGCUUCUGCAAGCGCUACAACUUCGGCAAUGAUGACCGAUACUCUUUGCUCUGCUUCAUCGUUAGCAACUCCCAAGAGCCGCCAUAUGGAGGCAGGUGGUAGUUCUAGCAGUGCGCUAAGAGGUUCCCCGUUUGGUUCUCAAGCAGUUGGGUCCGACCGUGAUGGGCAUUUUGCUCCUGGUACGCGUGGCUCAAGCAGAUCGCGACAGACUUCCUCUGCCAGUGGCGCCGAACCAGGCGUCAUCAUAUGUGACACACCUCCGUCGCAGGGCCGUGCUCGCAAUAUGAACUUCGCUAGCGCGACCAGUGCCAGUGCAAGCACAAACAUCACGCCCGUCAGCCAGCCAUCACCGCCCGCGACGCGACGCAGGCGGGCAGCAGUUUCCCAGUCAUCCGCACAGGCUUCAUCCUCGUCGUUCGUAUCACCAGUGGAUAAUUCCAGCACACCGUCUCCUGCAAUUCGACGUCUGAGCGAUGUGAUGAAAGGCCGGCGUGGCAGUCGUCACAGGCAGCAGGCCCAGCAACAGCAGGCACAACUGCAGGCACAACAGCAGGAUGAGGAGAUAUACCGGCAGCAUCGGCAGCUGUUAAGCUCUGGCUCCACUCGCGACCAAACUUCGGUUGGCGAGGCAAUGCACCGGGAUUCAAGUGCCUUUGCCGCCGGAGAUAUGCCCCCACCCAGUACCUCUCUGCCAGUAUCAGCAAGUCUAAGUCAGCCUGCACCAAUGUACCAGAGAUCACAGUCACUUUCCGCCGUGGACAGGCAGAUGUCCAGCUCACCAGAAAAGUCUGAAGCUGCAUGUCGACAAUGGGUGCUAGCACAUGCUCGUCGUUUCUUUGCUGAGCACUUUGCGAAGACAAACGGCAGUGCUCACCCAGCUUUGGCAACCCUUCACAGAUUGACAGCAGCUGCUGCCAAGAUUGACUUAUCGAACGAAGAAGCAUGUAUACCAGCACUGUUGGAAAUCUCUUCUAUUUUGGAAGAGGAGCAGACUAACGUAUCAGCCUUCGAAACCAUGCAGAGCGGUCUUGUGAAUGUGCUUUUCAAGUUCUUGACCAGCACUGAGCCGUGGUGUGUAGAUCUGGCAGUGCGAUGGAAGCAGUUCCUACACGUGUUCCUCUGCUGCCCAGCGCCAGCAGCGAUCUGUAUAGCGUCUCCUCAUCAGAAGAUCUCAGGCGAAUCUCGAGCACCCAUCAGCUCGCUCUUGGAUCGCUUGCACUGCUGUGUUGGACAGCUUGAGCAGUUUCCAGUACAAGUUCAUGAUUUAGCAUCAUCAGGUGGUACAGCAGCCGCAAGUGCGCAGGAGCGUAAUCUAUACCACCUCGUCCAUUCGCACCAUCUGAAGUGUCACUUGGUGCGUCAUCCGGAUUGCAGGAACCUGACGCAGUGGAAAGGUGGUGCAGUGAAGAUAGAUCCGCUUGCAUCCAUCAUGGCCGUCGAGCGAUACUUGGUUGCCAAAGGCUAUGGAAGACGAAGAGAACAGUCUGGCUUUGACAACGCCGCACUCGACAGCGAAGAUGAUAGUGAAGCAGAAAUCGAGGAGCCAUUCAGCAUGGAGCCUCCGUCUUCUGAACGGCACUACUUGGAGUUUUUGAUCGGUGAUCAAGUCUUGCAAUACAAUAUGACCAUCUACAAUGCCCUCAAGAUGUACCGGCCGGCCUAUUCAGAAGAGGAUGAAGACAACUCGUCAUUCUGGGAAGCUACUCAUGUUAUCCACUAUCGUCCUGUUGCGUCUUCAUCAGACAAGUCAGCGAGCUCCGGACCGAGCACCAGCAGCGUUGACUCAAACGACCCAUUAACGGGCCUGCUGAACCGUAUGCGCGGCGUUGAUAAUGCGAAUAGCACUGGUGCUGCCAGUACCAGUGCUGCUAGCAGCAGUGCUAGCAGCAGUAGCAGGGGUGCUGCUAGGUCACAAGUCACGCCAGCAUCACGUGCAGCGGCUUCAUUUUCUCGCCAGACGGGCAGUGGCCGGUCGUCGUCUUCACGAGCUCUCCGCGGAAGGACAAGUGGAUCAGGCGUGGCUGCAUCGUCAUCCACGUCAACAACAGUGGCAACUGGCGCGUCACCACAACUGCCAGCUGCAAGUCUGAGGAAAGACACACCCAUGGAGAUCGCAACAGAGGACAGAGCACCUGAAGUGUGCCGUGUCUCGGACUCGCCUCUAUGGACCCUGUGUGCUGAACCCCUUGCUAAGCUUGGCAAGCUGAAUGACCCAUCACAGCCCAUUCUGCAACUCCUGUUUGUAGUUCACUCACUGAGCCGAUACUGGCAUACUUUGUACAAGGGAGCGGCCUCCUGUGAGCCCAUCAUUCCUGCAUGUGAGUUAGUGAAUGGCAAACUGGCUGCAAAGGCUUACAGACAACUUCAAGAUCCGUUUGCUGUAAUGACGGGCCACUUUCCAAACUGGUUGACUGACGUUGCUGUUACCUGCCCGUUCCUGCUGCCAUUUGACUAUCGUCAUCAGCUGUUUUACUACUCGUCGUUUGACCGGGACCGUGCCCUAGCUCGUCUGCAGGAAAGUAUGCCCGGCUUGGCGCGGUCUGACACUGGUCUAGAAAGGGACAGGGUUGCACCACGACUGGAGAAGAAAAAGUACUCAGUGGACAGGUCUGCACUUCUCACACAUGUUGAACGGCUCCUGGAGAAACCGCACACACGAGCCAUUAUGGAAGUCAACUUUGAGUCAGAGGUUGGCACCGGUCUUGGCCCAACUCUGGAGUUCUACUCACUGGUGUCUCGCGAGUUUCAGGCUUCAUCUCUCAGGCUGUGGCGCGGUGACUACAUACCGUCCGAUCAGGAUGACACGUCUGAGCAGUAUGUUCACAACUCAUGUGGACUGUUCCCUGUUGCCGGAUCUUUGGUGAACAAAGCCAAGUUCAACUUGCUGGGUCGCUUCUUAGCCAAGGCCAUCUAUGACUCCAGAAUGGUUGAUCUGCCAUUCAGCAGUGCUUUCUGCAAGUGGAUCCUGGCUCAGGAGCAGUUCCUUUGUAUCCAUGAUGUACAGAAAGUCGAUCAAACAUUCGGACAGUCGGUCGCUCAACUUCUCCAAGUUAUUGUGGAGAAGGAUCGCAUCAACGCAUGUGAUAUGCCUGAGAAGAAGAAGAGAGCUGCUCUAAAGCAGCUUGCUGCCAAAGUGCAGGAGCUCUACCUCGACUUUGGUGUCCCCGCAUGCGAUCAUGAGCUCGUCGAAUUUGGCAAUAGCCAGCCAGUCACCUUGGAAAACUUGGAACAGUAUCUUCAGUUGUUGUCACAGUUCUUGUUGCAGACCGGCGUGAAGGCUCAGAUGACCGAGUUCCGGAAUGGCUUCAACGAGAUCUUCCCUCUGCGCAAUCUUCGGAUGUUCUACGAAGAAGAGCUGCCUCUGCUCUUCUGUGGAUCCAAGCAUACUGUCUGGGAAUUGAAAGACUUACAGGAUAACUGCAAACCAGACCAUGGCUUCAAUAUGGAUAGCUCUGCUAUCAAGUACUUGUUUGAGAUCAUGACAAGUUACGGCCCAGAGCAACAACGCCAGUUCCUCAUGUUCAUCACAGGCAGUCCUCGCCUGCCCAUUGGAGGUUUCGGAGCUCUUCACCCAGCCCUUACAAUUGUGCAGAAGAGAACUGAGGCGCGAGCACCUGACGAAUACCUGCCAUCAGUGAUGACUUGUGUCAACUAUUUGAAGCUGCCUGACUAUUCAAGUCUUGAAGUCAUGAAAGCCCGCCUCAGUACGGCAAUGCAGGAAGGCCAGAAUGCGUUCUUCCUCUCCUAAGUUACAUAAUACCUGCCAUGCAGUUCUAGUGAUAACCACAGCAUGUCUAACAUCAACUUGAAAAGUCUGUCGUGGAAGCAACCCACCCCGUGUAGAUACAUGCAUUCCUCUCCUGCUGGCUGUACAUACUUUGCCCAAGGCCCCUCCUCUUCCUUACCUUCUUUGGCCAUUUCUCUCAGUCGCUGUUUACAUUUCUUGCGGCGAAUGCAGCCAUGUGCCCGCCAGGCCAUCACAUCUGACUCGACUGUUGUAUUCGACCCCCUCCCUCAUGUUUGUCUUCGUCUGGUGUGUAUCCAGUCCUGUGUGUGCAUGCAUGCACAUGUGUGUGUGUGUGUCUACGGUAUGGUUUCUCUUAUUCGUUAGUGUGUAAAUAGUCGUGCUUCCUGUACAUGACGCAGCAGCUGCAGUUGCAGCAGGAUUUGCUUGUUGUUGUUGUACUGCUGCUGCUGCUGCUGCUGCUGCUGCUGCUGCUGCUGCUGCUGCUGUUGUUGUUGUUGUUGGUGGUGGUGGUGGUGGUGUUGUUGUUGUUGUUGUUGUUGUUGUUGUUGUUGUUGUUGUUGUUGUUGUUGUUGUUGUUGUUGCUGCUGCUGCUGAUGCUGCUGUCGUCGUCAUCGUGAUUCUCGCUAUUGUCUUUGUCGUUGCUGCCGCUCUAUCGUGUCAGUCUCACGACUCGUUGCUUGUAACGUUAUCGUCUUGUCUCCUGUGUCCUUCCCGCCUGUACAUUCCUUUCGUUCAGUCCCCCACCUUCUGAAUUGAUAUUACCAGCCCUGUUGCGUCUUGUUCUCUGUACUACUACAUGUACUGCUACUGCUACUGCUAGUUGUGAUAGUGUAUGUGUAUACAUGUAUGUAGUAUGUAGUAUUACAUUGUACUCAACCUCUGCUGUAUGUAUGUGUAGGAGGUGUAUGUGUGUGUAUAUUAAUUUUUGUUCUAUCUAUUCUUUAUCUGUACGCUGUAUGUACGCGUGUGUUCUUACUCAGCAUUAGCCAAUCCGCUGCGUUACUCUCACAUCCAACAUCCAUACCAUUUGUUUGUUGCAUUAUCUGCUACUAUAACGUAAAGAAGACUUAUACAGUCAAGCAGCACCCAUCGUUCUAGCUGUCAUUUCUUUCUUCUCCCUCCAGUUUUGCCUGUACAUGUACCGGUACGUGCAUUUCUUUUGUUCUUCACAACUGCUGGUAAUAACAACGGCAUUGUGUUGUAAGCCCGGGCCGUGGGGAUAUGCAUGCAUGCGGCCAUCGUGUCAGCUAUUUCUUUCGGUCUUUUUUUGUUUCUCUUUUCUAAUUUUGUUUUUAUCGUACCAGCAGCACGUCUGAACUGGCUAAACCUGACCUGGCUUACAUGUUCCUGCACACACGCACACGCACAUUUCAUGUUUAUAAUGUGCCUUGGUUUUUUCCUGCUCUAACGUUACUCUUCGGGACAUGCAGUACACUUUUAUGUACAAGUACCUGUAGCUCAGUUCGCUGUCUCUCUACAAUGGUGGUUUAUCAGUUACAAAAUGUGGCGUUAAACAGCUGUAAUGUAAUGUUC